GUGGUCACGGACUCCCCCAGCCCACCACAUUCUCACCGCGAUGCCAGCGGGGGUCCUCUGCAGACAGACCAGACUCUGCCCAGCAAUUUCUCUCCAUCCUAUUAGUGUCCGAGGAGUGAUGAACCACAUCGACCCGCAGAUUCCCGUUUUAAAUGUGGUGAUUUAUGAUUCACAAGCCAAGAACGUGCCUCUUGCCCGGUUUUCUCAACUUCAGCUCAAGUUAAUUUCUAAGCCUGGCCAUGUUGUUGACCUUCAGAUAAAAGAUUUGCUCCGUAGAGUGGUGUCGGUGAAAGGGUGCAAGCUUCAGAGUUUGCACCAGGCUCUUCUUCAGGCAGAGCUAGAAAGCUGAAGGCCACACUGGGCAUGCAUGCAGACAAUGGCCAGAUCCUGAUACCAGGCCUGGGAGGCACUCAACAGCCUCCUUCUGAAUAAGAAGCCCAGACCUCUCCCUAUUGGAGGCCCGGUGCAGCUACGUGAUCAUCCUGAUGGCCGUGUACUGGUGCACUGAGGUGAUUCCCUUGGCCGUCACGGCGCUGCUGCCCGUGGUGCUGUUCCCCAUGUUCGGCAUCCUGGAAUCCAAGAAGGUGUGCAUGCAGUACCUGAAGGACACCAACAUGCUCUUUGUUGGGGGGCUGAUUGUGGCCAUCGCCGUGGAGCACUGGAACCUGCACAAGCGCAUCGCGCUGAAGGUGCUGCUGAUCGUCGGCGUGAAGCCUGCACUCCUGAUGCUAGGCUUCAUGGGGGUCACGGCCUUCCUGUCCAUGUGGAUCAGCAACACGGCCACCACGGCCAUGAUGGUGCCCAUCGUCCAGGCCGUCCUCAACCAGAUGAACGAGUCGGAGCAGGACCUGGCCAUCAGGGAUGUGCCUGCUGAGCAGGGAGGGAAGGCGGUCCUGGGUCUCUCCACGGUGCAGGCCAACGGCGGCCACCUCCCCGACAACUCCCGGGAGUGCGAGCGGAAGGCCAGGAAGCGCAUCAACAAGGGCAUGACGCUGUGCAUCUGCUACGCUGCCAGCAUCGGCGGGACGGCCACGCUGACCGGGACGGGGCCCAACCUGGUCCUGAAAGGCCAGAUGAACCAGUUGUUCCCGGACAACGGCGACGUCCUGAACUUCGCCUCGUGGUUUGCCUUCGCCUUCCCCAACAUGCUGAUGAUGCUGGUGCUGGCCUGGCUCUGGCUCCAGAUCACCUUCAUGGGGUUCAACUUCCGGGAGACGUGGGGCUGCGGGACUCAAAGAACCGAGAAGGAGCAGGCCGCCCUCCAAAUGCUGAAGGAGGAGCACCGGAAGUUGGGCCCCGUCUCCUUCGCCGAGGUCAACGUGCUGCUGGUCUUCACGCUGCUCAUCGUGCUCUGGUUCACCCGGGACCCCGGCUUCGUCCCUGGCUGGGCCACCUUCCUCUUCAACACAGAGAAAGAGUACGUGACGGACGCCACCGUGGCCGUUUUCGUGGCUCUGCUGCUGUUCAUUCUUCCUGCCAGCCGGCCCAGAUUUGGCUUCUGCAGUCAAGGCAGCUGUGAUCUGGAGGGGGCCGAGGAAGAAGCCCUGAAGGAGCCGUUUUUCCCAGCCCCGUUGCUGGACUGGAAGGUGGUUCAGAAGAAGAUGCCCUGGAGCAUCGUGCUGCUGCUCGGAGGAGGCUUCGCUCUAGCCAAAGGAAGCGACGCUUCGGGGCUCUCCCGGUGGCUGGGGGACCAGAUGACCCCGCUGCACAGCAUCCCCCCCUGGGGCAUCGCCAUCAUCCUCUCCCUCGUCAUCGCCAUGUUCACCGAGUGCACCAGCAACGUGGCCACGGCCACCCUCUUCCUCCCCGUCUUUGCCUCGCUGUCCCAGUCCAUCAAGAUCAACCCGCUGUACGUCAUGGUCCCGAGCACGCUCAGCGCCUCCUUCGCCUUCAUGCUCCCUGUGGCGACGCCGCCAAACGCCAUCGUCUUCUCCUACGGACACCUCCGGGUCGCAGACAUGGCGAAAACCGGCAUCAUGAUGAACAUCAUUGGCAUCCUGUGUGUCACGGUGGCCAUCAACAGCUGGGGGCGCUCCAUGUUCGACCUGGACACCUUCCCAGCCUGGGCAAACGCCAGCGCCGGGAAUUGAAGGGCGGCGCUCCCUUCCACCGGCUCCCUCACCCCGGGCCUCUUCCCCAGCCUCCGCACGAACCCUCCACGGCCCACCGCCGUUUAGCGCCGGGGCAAAGCGGGCAGGGAGCGUUCCAGCCGUGGAGGCUGGUUUCGGACGGGACUCUGAGGACGAGGCGCUUGGACAGCAUAGCAGCUCCUGUGGGGAAGCAUCACCCGGCUGUGUCUCCGGAGGAACUGGGGGCUCAGGAUACGAGUUAGGCAAAGGAACCAACGCCAACUGCACGAGAACGAAGCUGCUAAGUUUCUGUAAAGAAGGGGAAGAGCCAUGGCGGAACCGACCGGAUUCGCAACCCGGAAGGGAGCCCACACAGAGCGCCGGGGCUGACGACCGGCCUGCCCCCAUCUGCCGGGAGCCCACCAGUGAGUCCUGGCACAGGGGACCCUGCCGUCUGCGCCCACGCAGAGUUUCUCUGACAUGGACCAAGGAGCAGCCGCUGAGAGCAGAGAAGCCACUUCACAGGGGCCACGGCCCAUUUGGCGGCUGCAGAAAGACCCAGGCCAAGGUCGUGGGGGGUGGGGCAAGUGUGUGACCCCUGAAGCUGCUCCCCGGGGAGGCAGAAGGAGCCCCGGAAACAGGCCUGGAAGUCCGACCAAUGCCCCCCCCCCCGGCAUUGUACAUCUCGUGUGCAGUCCAAGGCCAGGAAGGGGGCCGUGAAGCGGCCAAAGGGGUCACCGACUCGGGUGGAGGGCGGGGGAGGCAGGCCAGCAUAGCAACCAGGACCGACAUUCAGGUGGCCUCGUGGUUUUCAUGUUGUUGUUUAAUUGACUUAAAUAUUAAUAAAAGACCAUUUGCAUUUUGUAAAAUUUGA